AGUUACCAAUCAGAUUACAACACAUUAUACCAACCCAGUAGAACAGAAUCCAGUUACCAUGGAAACAGAUGAUACUGAAUCUUUUUCUGUUGCUACCUCAGAUGGCGGAGAAGGUCAUGUGACCACAGCCCUAGGCAACACAUGGAGUCACAACGUUAACACUCGUCUUAUUCUCCAGUAUCGAGAUGAAGUACAUCGAGAGAUAUUGAUAGCCAAAUCCCCGCUUGCUCCGUUCGCUAAGGUAACCUAUACCAUCCAAGAUGCAGGCUUAGUAUCUACAGAUGAGGAAAAUGUUUCUACAUUCAGAGGUACUGAUCCUGGUUUGCAGAAGAUAAGGGUCAGAUCAGCCAUCAGAAGAUAGUCAGCAGAAACAAUAUUAUCAACACCAAUAUUUACAUCAUCAACAUUGACAAUAACAUCAUCAACAUCAACAUUGACAAUAACAU